AAGAUACGCAAUUGUUUAGGUAGGUUACGGCGUUUUUCCAUGGAAGUCAUUUCUACCUGCAGGUAGGCUACGCAAGAGAAGUAGGAAUGGAGGAAACAGUAGUAACGAAAUAGGGCCACGAACUGGCAGAGGUUCUUUAACUGGGCGAGGCAAAUAAUUGUCCCACCCCCACAUAAACAUCCGGACAGCCUGCAGAGCCGCUGCUGUCGCCUCCUAGCGCUGCGCUGUCCAGCAAAACAACAAGCGAGAGCAGCACAGCAGCAAUGGCAACUGACGGCAGCGGGACGACGCUUGAAGAAAACGAUGAGCUUCUUUCAGACCCGGAGCCCGGUGGAAACAUCCCGAAGAGGCAUGCCCGGGUCACAGUGAAGUACAACAGGAAGGAGCUGCAGAGGCGGCUGGACGUGGAGAAGUGGAUCGACGAGAGCCUGGACCGGCUGUACAGGGGUCAGGAGAGUGACAUGCCAGAGGAGGUGAACAUUGAUGACCUGAUUGAUCUGCGUACUGAUGAGGAGCGAAUCCAAAAGUUAAAGGAGCUCCUCCAUAACUGCAGUAACAACACAGAGGUGCCGUUGCCUGGAGGUGCUGGAGAAGGGACAGGUGCAGCUCAUCUGGCUUAUCAACUGGGCAGUAUACGAAGAGGCCGCGCCUGCACUUCGUUGCCUGAGCGUUUUGCCCUUGCGGUGCCUUACCUCAGGAUCCGACGGAGUUGACCAGAGAUUUAAAGAAUCGGUCUGAACUGAGUCUCGAAUUGAACCUUCAGGCUGACUCUUCUGUGAGCCACCAGCGAAGUGAAUCCUGUCCGCCCUCCCAGGACCUUCUGUCGGCCCCAUCUCAACGAACACGGCGGUCAAGGCGAGCCACUCUCUCUUACACCACUGGAUCUAUGACCAUUACCCCGGCGGAUGUCCCUGCGCUUACCUGUAAGCUGCACAAUCAGUUCUGGUGCGUUUUCUGAGGUCCAGUUUGUAACUCUGCUCUUCUCCAGCAGCCAGACGGUUCCAGUCUUGUUUCCCGUUCCCAGGAUCAUUUGUUUAAAUAAACAUUCACUAAUCUCA